AUGUGUAGUGACGCUGCAAAAGUACUUCUUGCUGAAACAUGGACAGAAGAUAUUGAUCCAACUGGAUGGUGGAUGAGUGAAAAACUCGAUGGUGUUCGAGCAUAUUGGAAUGGAAAAAAUUUUUAUUCACGUCAAGGAAAUCUUUUUCAUGCUCCUGAUUUUUUCAAGGCUGCUCUACCAAAAGUACCACUCGACGGAGAAAUUUGGUGCGGCCGUGGUUUAUUUCAAAAGUGUGUUAGUAUUGUUAAAAAACAAGCAGAUAAAGUCGUUCCGGAUGAUUAUAAACUUUUGACAUAUUUGAUUUUCGAUGCACCAAGUCAUGGUGGAAAAUAUGAAGAUCGUAUGAAAUGGUUACAAGCUAAUAUUCCUCAAGAUGAUGAUAAAUGUUUUGCUACCGUAGUCGGAAUUAAAAAAUGUGAAGGUUUAGCACAACUCAAACAAUUUUUAGCUGAUGUAAAUAAAGCUGGUGGAGAAGGUAUUAUGCUUCGUAAACCAGGUAGUCUUUAUGAACAUAAACGUUCAACAACAUUACUCAAAGUAAAAACUUUUCAUGAUGAAGAAGCACUUGUCAUCGGUCAUAAACCUAGUAAAAGUUUAGUGGGAAUGGUUGGUGCACUUGAAUGUGAAUUAACUAAUGGAAAACGAUUCGAUGUUGGUAGUGGACUUACUAUGGAUCAACGUCGAAAGGCACCUAAAAUAGGUUCAAUUAUAACAUUUAAAUUUCAAGAAUUAUCAAAUAAUGGUCAUCCAAGAUUUCCUGUUUUUCUUCGAGUUCGUACAGAUUUAACAUGGAAUGAUGUACUUGAAGCAGCUAAAACAAAAAAACCUAUGAGUGUAAUACAAAAAGUGAUACCAUCAACUAAAUUAUCAAAACAACAUUCAAUAUUAUUUUCUGUUAUACCAUCACGUGAUGUAGCUACUGGAAAAAAAAUUGUUACAUCAGAUGAUGAAGAUGAUGAUGAAGUAACACAACCAUCAACAUCAUCAAAAACUACGGAUACACGUAAAAUGUGUCAAUUUGGUGCAAAUUGUUAUCGAACAAAUCCUGAUCAUUUAAAACAAUAUCAACAUUCAUCAUCAACACAAACAUCUAAAACAACAGAAAAUGAAUCGAAAACAAAACCAAUUUGUACAUUUGGUACUAAAUGUUAUCGUAAAAGUUCAAUACAUUUAGCAACAUAUUCACAUCCAAGUAAAAGUGAAACUGAAGAAGAAAUACUUGAUACUCGUGAAUUAAUUGAAUCUGAAGAACCUGUUUCACCAACAACUAUUGAUAGUUUAUUAGUUAAAGAUAAAAAUAAAGGUCUUACAUUUGAUGAUGAUAAUGAUGAUAAACAAGAUCAAGAAAUGAUUUCACGUCCAAAACAAGAAUGGAUAGAUCUUGAAAAUAAAUUAAAAGAACAAAGUAAACGUUUAGCUUAUCUUGAAGAAAUGUUCAAAACAACCAAACGAUCAAUUUCAGCCAAUGGUGAUGAUAAUGGUAAUGAUAAUAAUACAAAACGUCUUAAAACAGAUUAA